GAGAGCGAGAAGACCUACAACAUAUAGAUCCAGCUGACAAGCUGCUUCAGCGGGAAGUCAGAACAGAGAAAUUCACUAUACUUUUAUGAAACCCAGCGCAAUGGCCUUGUAUUCAUUUAUGAUAUGACAGACUCCAAGUAUGCAAACUUUGACUAUGAACUCAGCAUAAAGAUUUUGUCACUGCUUAAGGGGGCAUAUCCUGCUCGUCUGAAACGUGUCCUGAUUGUCACAGCUCCUUUAUGGUUCAAAGCUCCCUUCAAGAUCCUGCGCUUGUUUGUGAAAGAGAAACUUAGGGAUCGGGUUUAUACUGUCAGUCUUCAAGAGCUCAGUCUGUAUAUUCCUAAAGAGGUGUUGCCCUGCAGUCUUGGUGGAGUACAAACCUCAGUGCACUCAGUGUGGCUGGAACUUUGUCAGCAAGUGUUGUACAAUCAGCAGCCAGAUCUGGACACUUACUUUAUGAGGGCAAAAGAUUUACGCUGCUCCUGCACUCGAGGCUCUUCUAGUUCUGUCUCACACAGCAUGUCCAGCGACACCGAUCUACACAUCAGUGACCUGGACUCGGAGAGCUCCAAGGAUACCGUUAAUGAAAAGCACAAUCACGAGGACAGAGAAAAGGAGAAGGAUGAAGAUGAUUACCUAUUUUCAGGCAAAGACAAAGAGGAUGGUUAUAUAGGAGCUAAAAAGAGGAAAACAUCAUCCACAGCUCGCCACAAUUUAGAAUCUCGGAAGCGCUUGUCGGAAUCUUCAACUCAUGAUGAUUCUCCCGAUGGCCAGAUAAGAGACCUGCCUCGCAAAAAACGGCCUCUCUCCUCAGGUUCCAACAUUCUGGAUGACUCCAUUCACAUGCCAGACAAAGGUGGACUGAAUAUCACUCAACUAAUUGAGCAUGUGCAGACAGUUAAGAAGAAGGGGCUGUUGAAGGAGUAUGCUCACAUCAAGAUGGAGAAACUUGCAGGGACCUUUAACCAGUCUAAGGCACGCCAGAACCUGCCAAAGAACCGCUACACAGAUGUUCUUUGUUAUGAUCAUUCACGUGUCAUUCUACCAAUGGUUGACAGUGAUCCUUCCUCUGAUUACAUCAACGCCAAUUUUGUUGACGGAUACAUGCAAAAGAAUGCCUACAUUUGUACUCAGGGGCCUUUACCAAAAACAUUUGUGGACUUUUGGAGGAUGGUAUGGGCGCAGCAGUGCUUGGUGAUCGUCAUGACAACUAAAACAAUAGAACGUCAACGGGUGAAAUGUGGACAAUACUGGCCAAAUGAACAGCAUACCAAUGAGCAGUUUGAUGAGUUUGUUGUCUACAACAAUUCAGUUCAGUCUUUUAAGAACUACACAGAGACCAAGCUCUUACUGCAGAAUACAAGUACUGGGGAAUCACGGGAGGUAAUUCAUCUUCAGUUUACAACGUGGCCAGACUAUGGCAUUCCUCCAGCCACAGGCUUCUUAGACUUUUUGUUUCAUGUUCGAGCAGUUCAAGAACAAGCCACCAAAGCUUUAGGUGCCUCCUGGGCAGGCCAUCCCAAUGGUCCAGCAAUUGUUGUACACUGUAGUGCAGGCAUUGGCCGUACAGGUACUUUUGUUACCAUAGAUAUCUGCCUUCGUCGUCUGGAUGAUAUUGGCACAGUUGACAUCCCUAACACUGUUCGUCGCAUUCGCAGCCAGCGAGCCUUUAGCAUUCAAAUGCCUGAUCAGUAUGUUUUCUGCCAUCUGGCAGUGAUUGAACAUGCCAUGCGCAGUGGUCUUGUCAAAGAAAUAGAACUUAUCUCUCUAGACGACAGUGAGAGUGAUAGUGAAUAGUGUUCAUGGCACGUCUUGGAACAUCACUUCCUUUUGUAACAGGAGUGCUCAUUGAUCUUUGUUCCCACCAUUGCUGUCUUCAUAAAUGAGCAAGAAAUUGGACUCUGUUGAUUUACAUUUAGAGUGAAUGUUGCACACCUAUGUGGAAUCUGGCAGCAUUUGAUGUCAGGACAAGUUUUGCUUUUGUAAUAAAUUAUUGCAUGAAGGUGACAUUUAAAUUGAGAUUGUAAUUGUCAGGUAGAAGAACUGUUUCCUUCCUAUUUGUUAGGGCCUGAAGCGUGUGAUCUUUGCAUGGAAUUUUAAAGAUUUUAUUUUGUAGACAAUCUAUUUUGGAUUGUGAACCACUUUGUUUAGGUAAAAGAGUGAUGUGUGGAUAAAUUAGCAAUGACCAAGGCAAAAGUUACUAGAACUUAAAGUUGCCAUAAAAAUAACAGACACACACAGAGUAACCUAAGAUUGGAAUUAAACCACAUUCAUUUUAAAAAUAUGAUGUUUUGUAGUGAAGAAACCAUCUCACCUUGUCAUCAAAGUGGAUGAGGGAGUUUAUAUUUUAAUAAUUGGGGUGAAGAGACAGGUUGCAUUGCCCACUGUUAACUUUGUGACCACUUGUAUCUCCUACUUCCCUUUUCCUGCUUUUUACUUGUCCUCUCUGGUGCUGCUGGGACAACAAAAAACUGCUGUGGAUUUGCAGUGGUGUAUGAAGGUGUAGACUUAUCUUCACCACCUCUGCACCUUAUCUGAUGGGAAACAGAUAAACUUUCUGGAAAACAGAUAAACUGUCAGAUUUUUAUGACAGUCUUUCAUCAGAAAAAGAACAUCAGCAUUCUCACCUGCUGCUCGGAAAGCAGAAAAACUACAGCAGAUGAGCUGUUAUGCAAUUGCGGUAUUUAUAGCAGUGAGUAUGGCUGAACUCAGCAAUGAGGCGCAACUAGAGUCAAAAACAUCGCUUGUAGUCUCUUGUUCAAGCUGCUCAGAAGGGGAUUUGGCUGUUUUAGGAAUUCAGCCAUACAGGUUCAAACCCUAUGCAGAACCUUAUGAGCUGGUUGAAGCCUUUAAUGAAGAAGUAAAACAAAAUUUAAAUCGACUUCAGUCGAUAGACUGGUAAUAAAAUCACCAGAUCUAUUGUAGUCACCAGCAAAAUGCCUUAGCUCUCUAACUCAUCUUUUUGUCAACCCCUAGGUCACUAUCAUCACGCUCUUGGUCACUGGCUUCUAGACUACAAUAUGGUCAAAUACCUAAUCCCACUUCCUAAGCGGGACCAGAAAGCUAGCCGUAACUUGCAUGAACUUGAUUCGCCCUGUCAUGGCAAAGUAGCAAGGUUAGCAUCUUGUGUGUCUUUGGAUGGCUUGCUUUUGGUUGAAGUUUUUUCAUUGUUCAGAUACUUCAGAGUUUUAAUGGUAAUUUUUUUAUCUCCCCACUACAGCAGUCAAGCAAGCCCCAAGGUUUUGAAAGUGCUGAAAGUGUUUACCUUGGCAGACGGGCAUGUGUGUCUGUGUGUGCAUGUCCACAAUAUAUAUACAUCCUAAAAUGUAUGCGUGUAGAGGUCAACUUUCAAAGAGGCUUUAGGUGGUAUCUAAGGGAGGAUCUGCCUCUGCAUGUUCUGUGAAAUAAAUAUGUGUGCAGGAAGUCUCCCCCUCCUUUCUGGUGGAGAUGUACAUUUGCAUGUCCUUUUUCAGGAGCACUACUUGCACACAUGUGUUAUUAGAACCUAUAGGAACUGCCCAUAAAGUCAUGUACAAAAAAGAGAUUGGGAUCUUGGAGCUUUGCUUGCUUUGUUACAAAAUUUCUUAUAUUUUAUAAUCUGAUUUUUUUCUGUUAGAACACCAAAGCUUUUUACGGGAGAGAUUUGUUCACCUAACAUGCCUGCAGAGCAUUUCUCCAUAAAUCCUUGCCAGCUGAAGGGGUGGGGGUGCCAGUACUUAAGCUUGUUGGGAAGUUGCGUCAUUAAAGUGAUGAUAGUGGGAACCACCUUACACAAGACAUUUCAGAUGUUGAAUGUUGGCUGGAACAACAUCUUAUGUGUAUACAUAUAUCUUUUUUAUUGGUUCUUCCAUCUUACAAAUAUCUUUCUUAGGCCAGUUAAGGCAAAAGUUAUCAAAAAUUGAUGUUUCCUGGUCAGCAGUUUUGAGAAGAUAAUAUUUAAGGGAAAGUGACAUCUGAGAGUGCAUUAUAUUUAUAAGAAAGUAAGCAUGAACAUGGCUGCAAAAAAAAAAUUAGACUUAACAAAACCUUUUUCUUGUACACUUUUUAUGCAGGUGUCAGUCAUUUAUCUUGAUCAUAAUUAAAUGCAAUAUUUUUCACUUAUCAUUGCAAAGAUGGUAUGAUGAUGUAGAUGUAGCCAGAUGUAAGUCCUAGCUGUGAUGUCUAGGCCUCAAAUCAUUCAAUGUCAUUUAGGGAGACACACAGUUAAGAUGGAGAUGUUCUUCUUGUGGAAGAGUGUUUUGUUUCAGCAUUACACACUUAGCAUGCAUGCUUUGUGGCAACAUGGUGUAGUGUUGCGCUAGAGGAUACAACAGGCCAAAUCCUUUGUUUUUGAGUGAAGCAUGUAAUCUUUUGAGCAAGCAUGGACAUUGGAAUAACGUUUUAUAUUCUUGCAUUGAGGUGAUCACAUGAACAUAUGAGUACGGUGGUUUGUGAGCUUGCAUUGGGGUGAUCACAUGGACAUUGGGCACAGGCAAGUGCAAAUGCAUUGUCUAUGUGCUUGUGCAUUGCUGUAUUCUGCUGCAUUCACUUUUCACUUGGGAGGAGGCCCUUGGCAUCCAGUACAGAGUAAUACAUGUUGUGUUACAUUGGUGUUUUAUGUUUCUCCUUUUGAUUUAGAGAUCUGUUUGGUUCAUUAUUAUGAUGAAAUGAAUUUCACUUUAUCAGCAAUCUUGGUUCAUGCUUUGCUCUGACACCUAUAUGUGGACCCUGUGUUUGUAUUUUAUACCCCUAUAUACACCCUCUAUCUAUUUAUCUGUGGCACUGCCGUAUGGAACUUUAUAUUUAUAUCGAACAUGCAUUGAUAGAAUUUAGGUUUGUCUCUACCUUAGUUGUGUGGACCAUAUUAAUUUCUUGCAGUUUAGUUUGGCAACAUCUUGUGGAUUUGAAAGUUGAGGACAGAGUUAAAGAGCUGCUUUUGUGUUAAUUUAUUAAUGUUAACAUUUGUUAAUUUUGUGUAGAGUGUACAGAAUAGGUUUGCGAAGGUUGAUGAAUUGUCAUUCACAAAGGUCAGUAUAAUUUUUUUCACUAUGGAGGUGGUGUGAGUCAAAGAGAAAAUAUAGCAUAUAGCUUCUUGAUGUAUGAGGUCUCAUCCAAAGAGAAAUGUUUUGUAUUUAAUCGGUUUCUAAUAAAUACCUACAGAAAAUGUA